AUGCCAAACCUCAAAUUCAUUCAACUGCUUAGCAGUGGCCAUGACCACAUGCUCAACACACCCGUGUUUUCAGAUCCUUCCAUCCCUGCAGCCUCGUCUUCUGGCGUCGCAGCUCGUGCGAUAGCGCAGCAUUCCGUCCUUCAGAUCCUCUCCUUCGCACACAGCUACCCCAAGGCACUGCAAGUCCUGGAGAAGAAAAAGCACUGGAUAGAGGCCGAUGAGUGGCCGUUCCAAACAGUGCUCGAGGGAGCAAGAGUCGGCAUUAUGGGUUAUGGAGCGAUCGGCAGACAAGGCCUCGUUCUUCCUGGCUCGGACGACGCCGCGAUGGGCGACCGGGAGGGUGUGCUGCCCUCUGAAUGGCACUCGGGCGACACGAAAGCGAAUCUGCACAAGUUCCUUGGAGCCGAUCUCGACUACCUAGCCAUCUUUGCCCCCCUGACGGAAACAACAAUGCACUCCCUCGGCAGGGAGGAGUUUGAUCUACUCGGACAGCAAAAGAAACCGUUCCUGUUGAACGUAUCGCGCGGGAAAAUCGUCGUACAGGAUGAGAUGAUCGCCGCGCUGAAGGAUGGUCGACUGGCGGGUGCCGCGCUUGAUGUGGCGGACCCGGAACCUCUACCGGCGGAGAACGAACUGUGGCGACUGCCGAACGUGACGCUCACGUCGCACAUGGCGUGGGCAUAUAAGGAGUACAUGGAUGAUGCGCUGAAGAUCUUCGCGGAGAACUUGGCGCGGCUUGAGAAGGGUGAGAGACUGCUGAACGAGGUGGAUCGCAGGACACAUUGA